UUUUAUGAAGAUGGUGGAAUUAUGUUUUGUAAAUUCUGUUCACACAGCGUGGACUACAAACAAAGUAAUACGGUAAAGGAUCAUAUUGAAUCAAAAAAACAUCGAUCCGCCAUGAUGGAUUCAUUACAAGGGGGUACUUUGCCUCAACAAUCGACAAUCCGGCAACUUUAUUUACCGAAGUUAUUCGACGACCAUGUUCAAUGUCUGAAGGAAAAAAAGGCUGAUGUCUAA